AUGAGCCGCGGCCUCGUCCAGCGCACCUCUCAGUGCAGGUCCCUUGGUGGUGGCUGCACCAGAGCCCGCUGGGUGCCCCCUAACCUGAGGGGUGAGCCCGCUGGGUUCAUGAACCACCGAGUUCCUGCCCACAAGCGGUACCAGCCCACGGAGUAUGAGCAUGCUGCCAACUGUGCCACCCACGCCUUCUGGAUCAUUCCCAGCAUCCUCGGCAGUUCCAACCUCUACUUCCUCUCGGACAACGACUGGAAAACCAUGUCGGCAUGGAUCUACGGCCUUGGCCUCUGUGGCCUCUUCGUGGUCUCCACCGUGUUCCACACCAUCUCGUGGAAGAAGAGCCACCUCAGGACGGUGGAGCGUUGUAUGCACAUGUUCGACCGCAUGGUCAUCUACUUCUUCAUCGCAGCCUCCUACACGCCCUGGCUGAACCUCCGAGAGCUGGGGCCCUGGGCCUCCCACAUGCGCUGGGUCAUCUGGAUUAUGGCCUCCGGGGGCACCAUGUACGUCUUCUUCUUCCAUGAGCGGUACAAGGUCCUGGAGCUGCUCUGCUACGUGUUCAUGGGCUCCUUCCCCUCCCUGGUCAUCCUGUCCAUGCCCAACACCGAUGGCCUCUUGGAGCUGGUGACCGGAGGGGCCUUCUACUGCCUGGGCGUGUUGUUCUUCAAGAGCGACGGGAGGGUGCCCUUUGCCCAUGCCAUCUGGCAUCUCUUCGUGGCAUUUGGUGCCAGCACCCACUACUAUGCCGUUUGGAGAUAUCUCUAUCUGCCCAGCACGCUGCAGGCCAAGGUGUCCAAAUGAGAUGGUCCUGACUCCAUGGUCCACUGGGCCCUGGGAGCAGAACA